AUGCCGCCAGCGCCGCCUCUCCUCAACCUCGACACCUCGUGCGUUUCCUCGGCCAGCUCCGCCCACUGGCGCCAACGAGGUCCACUGGACGUGCAAUCCGCUCGGGUCGUCGUGGCUGCUGCCAACAGUGGUUGUCGAGGUGCGAGAAUGCUUCUAAUGUCUCUCGUCGUGCUUCUCGUCGCCACCGUCGACGCCGCACCCACCGCCGACGCCUUCCACCUCCACCACAACUUCGAGUUUGUUCGGGUUUGUUUUCCUUUUCUCGAGCUUCUCCAUCUUUUCAUUUUUAUUUUCAUCUUUUAUUCAUGUCUGAACUUCUUUUUCGUUUGUCUUACAACCUUUGAAUGCCUCCACUAAAAUUUUUGCAAACCUAUUUCGCGAUUUUGCAACAAAAAAAAAAUCCAUUCGAGCUUGGAAAAAAGAAACUCCAGAAACAUUCGAACUAAUCAUCUUCCCGUUUAUUUUUACGCUCGUUUUUGAGUGCCUGUAAAAAAAUUUUUCUCAAUUUGGUGACGAGUGACAUUUUGUUGAUUUUCUGCAUUCCUCUGGUUUUUUUAAAUUGUUAGAUAUUAUUUGUUUUUUUGAGAAAUGUGGAGUUUAAUAUAAUUAGGCUCUUCGAAAAAGAAUUUUUUUCUUGAAUCUUUUAUUUUUUUCUGAAGUUUUAAUAAUAUUCUUUAUUGUCGAAGCAGAACAAUAAUUGAGAUUACGGAUAGAAAAAAGUGAUAUUAGAACAUUUCUUUCGCUUUCUUUGACCUUUAUGAUGACGAUGCUUUGAUAAAAUAAAGAAUAACAUGACUCGAACAAUUCCAAGAUUUUUCACAAUUUUCUCCCAAUUCUACUUCUCUGCUCCCUUAUUAUUUUCAAAGUCAAAAUCUCUAACGGAGAAGUCACAGAUUGAGUGACUUUACAGUACCUUUUCAAGUAUAUCCACGCCUCACACUUCAUGUCCUUUUUCUCCCGAAAAACGGCGAGCUUCCGGUGACAGAUACAGUAGCCGUGAUCCUCUGGCGACGCCAGGGCACUCUGAACUUGUUUUUCGUGACGUCGGCAAUUCUGCGACGGUCCGUUGGCCCCUUUUGUGCCUUCUGAUCGCUCACCACACAAGAGUGUUCAAAUUCCGACGAGAUCCGUAAACAACACAGUCCUCAAUGUGAACGAGGCUACCAAAGAAGGAAUGGCUCUGAGAGUUGUGUUUUCCUCGGUCUGGUCCGCUGUUUGGACACGGGCUACUCAUUGGCUGAAGGUUGUGUUUUUGCGAAGAGAUGCGGACGGAGCAAACAGCUCUGAGUGCGAUCCGACGCGCGGCGAAACCGUCAGAAAAAGCCUGAGAUCUCGUAGCAACAAGGAAGUCUUCGUCAACUUCCUUUUCUCAGCUCUUUCCCAAUUUCGUCCUUGUAAGUCGAUGGACCCCAAAUUCAUCUUUUUUACGAUCUUUUUAAAUGGUGGAGUGUUGAACAUUUAACCUUUUUUAAAAAUCGUUCAUCAAAUAUGUCGAUAAUUUGUAUUCAAGUUUCCAUUCAGAGUCUACGGUUUUUUUUCCGAAUGUACCAUCUUAUAUAGUUUGAGAUUCGUUGUUGGAAGAAAUGGAAUUCUGCCGAAAUGAACACGUCUAUUCGAAGCCCUUCGGAACAGCCGCAGCUGCAUGGGCGAGAAGUGGGCUUGCUCGGCCAUGGAGAGGCUUCGACGAGCUUGGGCUCUGCCGUAGAAAUCCUACGGCCUUGUCAUCACCGUUCAUCUGGUGUCUACUGCCAAUCGAUCGGGCCGCCGGCCGCCACCGUGGCAAAAGAGAACUUUUUUCCUGUUGCCGUCGCUUUUUGCGUCUUUGCAGUUUGAACGGCUAGAAAAAAAAUGAGGUAAAUAUAAGCAGAGACGUCGACGGAUAGUGUUAGGUGGUCAGCCUCCUUCGGGUCCUUGUCGUCCUUCCCUAGAGCUUGCAAUGGAGAAACACGGAAAAUGAUCCGAAACGGCCUUUUUUCGAACAAACCUAUUCCCCUUUUCGAUGGACUUAAAUAUCAAAAUGUCAACUUAAGCUCAAAAAAAAGUCCACGAAGCCGGUCACAAAAGUUUUUUCUUUCUUCUUGAUGUUGGAAAUGUUUCCUUGAACAUUCGUUAGACGUCUAAGUUUAGAAUCUAUAGACCCUAAACUUGAGCACAAUUUGAGGUAUCGAAAUUUAUGAUGAGAUAAUUUUGUAUCGCUGAACUCCGUGAAAUCAUCAGUAUCGUAGUCUGAUUGACCGACUUUUAGUACGGCUGUGGUGCAAAAAAAACAGCCAGGUGUCUGAUUGACAAGGGUUUGGCCUUUUGAAGUCUGUCUAACGGAGUUCCAGUACCUAAAUCGUAAAUAGAGAGACAGUUUUUCAUUUUCUGUUUGGUAUUCCACUCAUCCAAAAAAAUUGGCUAGAUAUUCAGCUUUUCGGGAAGAAAAAAGGCUCUCGAAUAUGCUUCUUCUCGGAUGAAACUGUAUCGGCUAAUCAAACGCCCAUCGUUGUUUCCUAGCCUAGAUUUGGUGGAAGGCCGUUUUUUGGCCGUUCCUGACACCUCGAGCCGCUUUCGCUGUCGCUUCAAGGUGUUGGCCUAAAUAGGUCGUCCCAAAAGAACAACUCACCACGUGUUUUUUGGGACAGUUAUUUUAUUGUUACGCGUUUGAAACAUAAUCGGCGGUUCCAGGCUUUGACCCAAUUCGCGCAGAAAAACUCGCUUUGCCGAUUACGUCAUUUAUAUCCCUCCGAGAAGCUUUCUCCUUACAUGGUUUCUCUCUCGACGAUUGCUUGAUCUUCUGACCGGAAGUCUGUGGAAAAAUGCCGCUUUUUUGAGAAUAUACGUCGACUUAUUUGUCUUGAAGUAAGAGGAGAAAAUGAAAAAGUUGUACGCGGAAUAUUAUGAGAGCGGUGGGGUAAAUAAGGAAAAUAAUUUUUAUGAACUUUAAAAACUGACUAUUUUUUAGGUGUGGUCCAGGCUUGUGCGAGGAUUUAUUUUCAUUUUCUGAGCACGGCUCGGUCUUAGGGAGGCCUCGAGCAAGAAUAUCCAAAAAAAAAUAUUUUUCAUAAAAUUAAAAAAAUAUUUUUGAAGCCUGGCCUUGCCUGACGCACAAGCCUGGUGCGGUUAACUUUAACAUUGUCAGGCGCUGGUGCGUGCACGCGGGGGGUACCGGUUUUUUUCCGUCUUUUUCCAUUAAAAUACAGAUUUGGUAUUUUUCAUAGUUUUGAAGUAUCAUAUAGUGUGUUGCGCGCGAGACGUUCACAUUUGAAAGUACGACAGAAAUUUUUUUUGCAUUUUUGCUCUACAUAACUGCAAAAAAGACGAAAGUAAACAUUUUGAUCAAAUGGUCCAAUUCAAAAUCAAUUUGCAGGAAAAAAAAUCGGAGAAUCUGGCGCGAAACGGGCUAUAUAUUCUCACAAAAUAUCGUCUUCAUUGUCACAAAAUGUACUUUUAAUAUUGAUUUUUUUGAAAUUUUGUUCAUUCGCAUCUUCAUUUGCUGAUGAGGUGGAAUUUUUUUAAACCUCAAAAAGAAAGACUAUAUUUCCACAUACAGUAGUAAUCGUUUGCAAAAGACAGUUACAGAGUCAACUGGAAAAGUUCGGGUACCUGCGGAACACGGCUCCGACGCUUCACGAGUUCCGCGCGGCUCUGAAACUAUUCCAGGUGAGUCUCAGCGUUUUUCUUCCUGCAGCCGCCGUUUCAGGACGUGUUGGGCGUGGAGCCGAGCGGCGAGAUUGACGAGGCGACGGUGCUGGCGGCAAGACGACCCCGCUGCUCGCAACAGGACGUCCACCGUCCUGCUUCCGCUCGCAAAAAACGAUUCAGUCAGUGGUUCUAAACUACUUGGAGAUGCCCCAGGCAAUACUUCCUUCGUUUCACCAACAUUAUAGAAGACCCAGCCGUUUUUCAUUUAACCGGCGGACAUUUUAGCCCUUGCGCUACAGUCGAAAUGGGACAAAAAGCACUUCACUGGAGAGAACGAGCUGCUCCUCAAAUGGUUUAUAUCCACCUACACGAGCGACAUCGAUAGACCCUCUAUAAGGUUGGUUCCGGCGGCUUUUCUAUUCCAAAAAAACAUAAACCAAUAUUGAUAAAUUUGGAAACCUUUUUGUUCAUUUCUUAGGGGUGUUCAUGUGUAAUCUUCACCGUUUAUAUUUCUUCGGUUUUACUCUCAUUCUCACCAUAAAAAAUUCCUUUUUUGUUUCCGCAAAAACUUCUUUCCUGUGUGAAAUCACAUAGACAACAGAACUUAACGGCGCGGAAAUGUGCAUCAAAACCUUCGGAACCUUGUGAAUUUGCUUUCAUCUAUUGCGAGUGAAUUUUCUUCUCGAAGAGAUUUUGGUAUAUAGCUGAUUAACGGCUGGCUUGAGCCCUCGAGAAAAGGGUCCUGCCACGAAAAGAGACGAGGCAGUGCCCUGGUUGUUGGAGAGUGCAGACAGGCCACGCCUUUUUGCGUCCCAAGCUAGCCGUGAAUCGUCUAUAAGAAAUUUUUUUCAUGAAAAAAAUAACCUUGUUUAUUUGAGUUUUAUAAUGAAAAAUUUUUUUAAUUUUGACACCCUUUUGAAAAAUAUGAAAUUUAAUCUAAUUUUUCAUACUUCAAAUAGCAAAAAGCUUUGAAGGUGAAAUCAAAUGACGCAAUAUAGCCUAUUCCGCCCCAGCUUGUCACGUUUUUCUUUCCGCCAAAAAGACCGUUCACCAAAUUAGAUCAAAUUUCUGCUUUUAUAACGGCAAAAAACAAAGGUCUUAAAGCGAAAGUUGGUUAAAUUUGACCUGGCCUUUUGGCGGAAAGAAAAACGUGAGAAGCUGGCGCGGAAUGGCCUAUAACGAUUUUGAAAUCCCUUAAAGACAUAUGGGCAGUAAAAAACGGCGUUUUUUAUUAAAAAAAAAGUUUUUUGUACAUCUUUUUAUUUCGUAGAGAAGGGUCUACGCAAAAAUCACAGAUAUGACUUUUGAAAUGAACCACGAUUUUAUUUCCCGCCUUUGAAUUUCGAAAUUCACUCGGUUUAUCGAACAGUGUACAAUGAACAAUUGUUUACAGUAGCCGUGCAUGCGAUGUUACGGAAGGGUCAUUAGACUUGAAAUUUUUUGCCGCGUUUAAAGCACAUUUGACGGGGAAAAGUUUUCCCAAUUCGAAGGCUCGAGCCGAAAUCCGCGUUUCAGCGGAUUAUCACAGAGGGAUUGCUCGUCUUUUAGGCAAAUGUCCAAUAAUAUUUUCCUUAAAAAUUUUUUUCUUUUCAAAUGAGUACAUCCGAUUCAUCAUGCUGCGGAAACCUGCCGCGUUUUCCUGCGAUUCGGCUCGUGCUUUUUGAACGAAAAAAACUGUUCUGCCACCACAUCUGUUCAGCCCGUGUGGUUUGGUACACUGUAGGUUGAAAUUGUGCAUACACCCAUGGCGGUUUUUUGGGCGAUAUCUUCGUUAUUAACGCGCUUUUUGUACGAAAAAUAAACAAAUUUGAAGAAAAACACAUAUAAAACAUUCAAAGAUACAAAUUUAGUUUUAAUAAUCAAGUUUUUACGAACGCUGGCAAGCCUUGAAAAAAAUGGCCUAAUUUGGGAAAUGCGUCUUUAGUAAGUGAAAAGUCUUUUUUUCUGUAAUUUUUUAUCUAUUAAUGUCGGAAAUUGCCUUCUUAAUUGCAUUCAAUACAAAAAAUGAUCAAAAAUGGUCUAGUAUGGCCAGCGGAGACGGCGCAGUGCAAACCGGACGGGUCCCUCUAGGUCUGAAGUGCUAUGUCGGGAUAUAAACUUUUUCCUGUCCAACUUAAAUUUUGUUUUCUCUGAAGAUUUUAGCUUAUGUACGUUUUCAAGUAUACCGUUCGACACGCAGUAAAGAGCUCUACAAAAUGGGACGUUUAUCUCAAACCCUAUUUUUUUUUUACUAUCAAAUCUUUUGACAAAUUUUACUUUCUUCAUCAAAGAAAUUGCUUUUUCAAAACCUCUUUCAAAAUUUAUUCAUUUUUAAUCAAGAAAUGAAUAUAAAAUCCAUAAAUAUUGAAAAAGAGCUCUAAAAAUUUUUGCGAAACAGCAAGAAAAUUAAGAUAAUUAGAAUGAAAUAUGUGCUUUUUUCUGGGAGAAACUAUCCGGGAGUGUAUUUCCAUUCAUGCAAACAUUUCAUGGAACUAUUCAGUACUUUUCACAUUAUUAAGAUUUUCAGGGCGACAGUGAGGAAGGCAUUUCAGCUUUGGAGCGCACAGAGUAACAUCCGGACGCAGAAGAAGGUGACGCUGAGAUUCGAAGAAGCAGCUUCGCAGGCCGACUCCGACAUUAACAUCCUGUGGGCCGAAGGCGAGCACGGCGACGCACACAAGGUGACUCGCGAGGCACGACGAAUAUUAUUUCCAGAACUUUCAGUUCGGCAAGAGCGAAGACAAGGAGAUAGUUCUUGCACACACGUUCUUCCCUUCCUACGCGUCGCCUCUCAACGGAGACAUCCACUUCGACGACGCCGAAGAAUGGGGCGUCGAAGUAACCGCCGUCGACAGGUAAAACUACAUCUCCCUCUAGACAAACAGCAUAGAACAUCCAGGAAUCACGUUUUUUUUUUUUGAAUAUUAGUUAAUUUAUUGGUAUUAAAGGAAAUUCAGCUUAACAGAGAAUAACCUCAAACAAAAUUAAUUAUCCAAAGGAAAAUUUUCAAAAAGAAAAAUAAUUGCAAUCAGUUGUCAGAAGCCUAGUUUCAACGAAAACAAUUUGUAUGACCCUUUUACAUUUCUAAUUUUUUAAAUGGCAAACUUCUAAUGAAACGUAGAGAGGUAUAGCUGAUUCACGGCUGGCUUGAGCCCUCAAGAAAAGGGUCCUGCCACGAAAAGAGACGAGACAGUGCCCUGGUUGGUGGAGAGUGCAGACAGGCCACGCCUUUUUGCGUCCCAAGCUAGCCGUGAAUCGUCUAUACUUGAAAGAAGUUAGAACUUACCUGCACCAUUUAAAAACUCAAAUUUGAAAUAAUUAUUUAAAAGCCUCAAAUUUCCGAAGACCCAUAUGAAAUUUAUCGCUCGAAAUUUCUCAGUCCAGACCAGUAUAUCUAUUUUGAUUCUUUUCACCUCUUUUCACAAAAAAUAGUGGAGUCGUCUGAUUGUUCACGAAUAAUUUUCGCAGUGGAAAGCGGUUCUUCCCCUACGUGCUGGCCCACGAGAUCGGCCACGCUCUGGGACUCCAUCACUCGCGGAAGCAGGAGGCCCUCAUGUAUCCCUACUACAAGAGCAUUCCGCUCGACGAGAUCGUCUUCGACAUCGACGACAAGUGCGGAAUGAAUUGGAACUACGUCGGAUCCUCCCAUUUCUGUCUCUUCGUCUGGCUCAUGUCCGAAAUCGUGCCUAUGCAGCGGGCUCUAGAUGACUACAGUCAGUUUUUUUUCCUGCCCCAUUUCUUUCGUCAUGUUUCAUCAGAAAAAAACUAUAAUUUCUCACAUAUUUUCGUUUUUCAAAUCAAUGUGAACUUUUUUUUUUCGAUUUUCGGGCUUCAAUUCAAUCCCAAAAAGACAGUUUAAUCAUGUCAUUAAUAAAGACAAAAUCAAAAAAAAAAUUUCGAAUUGUAUUCAGGGAUCCGUAUAAUUAAAAAGGUUUUUGCAGGUCACAUGCGCAACACGAAUCACAGAUCGCCGGCGAAACGUCUUUUGAAAAGUGAGCAAUACCAUAUCCCAGAUCUUUUCUCGCUGACCAGACUACGGUAGUAGGAGCGCGUGCCAAUUCUGCAGAUGGCGCACCCGAAAAAAAGUAUAGCGAUCGUUGACCCGUCCCUAAAUGGAAAAAAAACGCCGCAGUCAAAAUUCACCGUUCAUAGAAAAUUACCAUCAAACAACCUGAAAUUGAAUAAUAAUUUAAAUGCUUAAAAUAACUUUACUUGAGUUCAAUAAUUGAUACUGCAAUCUAGUUUGAAAAGAAAACAAAAAAAUCCAAGAAGUAACCUUCAAAAAGUUUUUAUUUCAUAGUUGUCGGGUUAGAAGUAUAUUUCCUAAAGCUUAUUGAGAAAAAUAUGCCCCAGCUACUGUAGACAUGUUUCGUCCAGACUGAAGACCUAGGUUCAGCCGCUCAAGAAUCGAGAGAUUUUCGUUGUUUAUUUGAAAAGAGGCGCACCAAAGUGACGUAACGCGGGAAGCAAAGCAGAAAAAGAGGCGAAAUCCCAUAGAAAUCAAUUUGCAAUAUUGAUGUCUGUGUCCUUCAAUAGAAGGAGAGAAGGCCUCUUCUGAUCGUUUUGCCGACAGCCGCCGUCGCAGGAAAUAGUGUUCGGCCGCGUGGAGAUCGCCGAGCGACCGGCCAAGAAUUGGCAUAAAUGACGCCUUCUCGAGAUAAAAACGGGGUGUGAAGGUGAAGGUCUGUAAAAAAAAAACACGCGUCGCGAUUCCUUGAAUUUUCGACAUCUUUGAGGCUGUUGCUCAGUGGCAGAAUGUUGAAAGAAAAAACCUGUUGUCAUUUUUUUUUUGGACUAACUAGGGAACUACUCGGACUCGGGUACGCGUUUCAAGUUGAAACUUUUGUGGCUUAUAGACCCGGGUAAGAGUACUUGGAAACAAGAGAGAUUAUCUGCAGAACCCCAUAGGCUUCUGAAAAAAAGCUUUUUGAAAAUGAACGGUUUAGGCUUGAAAAUUAUCAAAUUUUCGCUUUCCUCCUUCUUUUUGCUGGAAAAAAGUUCUUUAGAGUUUAUCAUAGCCGGAUCAUCCAAGGCGAUUUUAUAAAAAUAUAAAAUAAGGUAAAAAAAAGCAAUAUUCUGAAAAUUCUCAGGCCUAAUUUUCCCAUUUUCUACUAAUUUUUUCUCAGUUCUUUAUUGGGUUUAGCAGUUAUUCUCACUUGUUUUCAAGUAUUCUCACUUAGGUCUAUAAACCACUAAAAUUUGAACUUGAAACCCGUACCCGAGUCCGAGUAGUUCCCUAGUAAGCUUACUUUGUGGUUGUGAAUUUCCUGAACUUCGGCCAGAACACUCCUUGAUGUACCAGUAUCUGGAAGUCGCCACCUGAAAAACUCCCUGGUUUUCGAGAAGUAAGGGCUCAAAGCCUCAAAUUAGCCUAUUUUAAUGUAUUUUCAGUGUUUUCUUUGACUUUGAGGUAUCCUUUCUCAAAAACUAAGAAGUUGUGCAGGUUGACUCUUUCAGGUUCUUCUUCUGGUACAUCAAGAAGUGUUUUGACCAAUUUUCAGAAAAUUUUCGAACCGCAAAGUAAAAUUACCUUCCUUGUAAGUAAUUUAAUUUAAUGAUUUAACCAACCUCAUAAUAAAUUUAUGAUGAUCUGACCUUUUUCAUUCAACUUUUUCAACAAGGAAAUUUUUUCUUCUUUUUUUUCUCCCCAAAUUUUUAGUGCGUUGCCAAAAAGUUUUAGUUCAAUUCAUUUACACUUUUUUUUCGUUCAUAUGAAAGAAAUACUGGGAUUCAUUCACAGUAAAAAAAAACUAUCCUUUUGAGCCAUUGAUCCCAAAAUGAAACGUGAUUAGGCUCGAUAACUUUUAAAUCAAACUGUUUUUGAAUUCUUAAUAGCCUCUAACUAUUUUUGUGGUCAGAUUCGGGAAAAAUCUGUUGUGGUGAGAAAAGACUACUUUUGUGAUAAACUCAGCACUAUUCAACUUGGCGACUUUGCAGACAUGAAGAUUCCUCGUUGCACGCCGUCGAACAACGAGCUGCAGAAAGUCACCGAGAAGAAACUGAUGAAAAACCUGCACUUCAACGCCGACGAGGCCCGGAAAUACAGUAAGCGAGUAUUGAACGUCGGAUACAGUAACAGAAGUUCAGCGGAAGUCGUGUGUAACUUCCUGACGGGUCUGCACGUCUACCGAGCAGGCGCCAACUACUCUCCAGAUGAGGCGAUCGACAAGGAGUUCGCCGGCGUCAACCACGAGGUUUCCUCUUUUUCCGCCGCCACUGCCGUCAGAAGGAUGCUGCGCCACGCCGAUCAGCUCCGGCACGACGGCCAACUCUCUGUUUUUGGUAAUUGUUUUACUCUUCUAUAUGUAAGCCCAUUUAAUGAAUCUUGAAACACGUCUCAGAAGAUGAGAAAAAUUGAAAGAUUUUUAAUUAUGAAACCAGUUUUAGCAGAAAAAACGAUGGGCACCGGGUAAACCGAUAAAAACAAGUUUUACUCGAGAAAAAAUUUUAAAAGAAAUGAAAUAUUCUUGGAAUAGGUUACGGCCCAUCUACAAGGAACUUGAGUUUUAAUAAGUAAAUGAAGAGUGACGCAGUUUUCAAACAAUCUGAAAUAUUCGCUUUCCCUGCAAAUCUUUCCCUCAUUUUGGAAUCAAUUAAUUGCAGACGCCAGAUAUUUUGACGAGGCGUUCUUCGACGGAUUCUUCACGGCGUUCCUGCCAUCUUGA